AUGCCCGCCCGGGACAAAGAUGCACAUAUUGGAUCUGGGAUCCUUCGAGGUGGAAAUACAAGUAGGCUCAGCGAACUGAACCCGGAAAACAAACGGCGUGAUAUGAUCGUACUCGCUGCUCUCAUUGAGUACCCAGGCGUGGGUCUCAUUUUAUUCGAGACGGGAUGCGCCGAGGAUCUGAAAGUAAAAUGGGGCGCUCCCAUAACUGACAUUUUUGCCCGAACCAAGUACACCGAAAAUAACAAACUCCCCGCAGCCAUCAAAGCAACCGGAAACGACAUCAAAGACGUGAAGGCCGUUAUCAUGGGCCAUCUCCACUUGGACCAUGCGGGCGGCCUAGAACAUUUCGUGGGCACAGACGUACCGAUAUACGUCCACGAGGAAGAGUUCAAACAUGCCUGCUGGGCCGUCGGAACAGGUGCCGAUCUAGGCGUUUACCUAGGCCAUUACAUGCUCCUGGAGAAGUUGAAUUGGAAUACCUUCACAGAGUCCCAUCUGGAUCUGUUCCAGGGUAUCAUUCUGCAUCAUGCGCCGGGGCAUACGCCUGGUCUUUGUAUGAUGCAGAUUAAUCUUGAGCAGGACGGGGCUUUUAUCUGGACGACUGAUCAGUUUCAUGUCGUCGAGAAUUAUGAAUUGGGACAUCCGCAAGGAGGACUUGCGCGGGAUCAUACGCAGUGGUAUCGCAGUCUUAAUCUGACUCGGAGGUUGCAGCGGUUGUAUAAUGCUAGGCUUGUUUUUGGGCAUGAUAAAGAUGUGGCUGCCAAGUUAAUGGAGAAGGGGUUUUAUACAUAG